CGCCGGGGUUGGUCGUCCGCUGCAUGAUGAAACCUCCCGCACGCGUUGCAAGGACCUAGUCGCUUCCGAAGUGUAUUUAGGCCCGCUGCUCCGUCCUCAGUCUACAGCCCUUUCUAGGAGCCUUCCACCCGUUCGAACUGCUCUCAGAGAGGCUGUAGCUCCAUUGCAAUAUGUGUGGCAUUUGGGCCCUCUUCGGCAGUGAUGACUGCCUUUCUGUUCAGUGUCUGAGUGCUAUGAAGGUUGCACACAGGGGUCCAGAUGCAUUUCGUUUUGAGAAUGUCAAUGGAUACACCAACUGCUGCUUUGGAUUUCACCGACUGGCUGUGGUUGACCCGCUGUUUGGAAUGCAGCCUAUCCGAGUGAAGAAGUAUCCUUAUUUGUGGCUCUGUUACAAUGGUGAAAUCUACAACCACAAGAAGCUGAAAGAGCAUUUUGGAUUUGAAUAUCAGACUAACGUUGAUGGUGAAAUUAUCCUUCAUCUUUAUAACAAAGGAGGAAUUGAGCAAACAGCAUGUAUGCUGGAUGGAGUGUUCGCCUUUAUUUUACUGGAUACUGCCAAUAAGAAAGUGUUCCUGGGCAGAGACACUUAUGGAGUGAGACCUUUGUUUAAGGCCUUAACAGAAGAUGGAUUUUUGGCUGUGUGUUCAGAAGCUAAAGGUCUGGUUAAUUUGAAGCACUCCAUGGCUUCGUCUUUAAAAGUAGAGCCUUUUCUGCCUGGACAUUAUGAAGUUUUGGAUUUGAAGCCAAAUGGCAAAGUUGUAUCAGUGGAAAUGGUUAAGUUUCAUCAUUGUAGAGAUGACCCUAUACAUGCCCGGUAUGACAGUGUGGAGAAAUUAUUCCCAGGUUUUGAGUUAGAAACUGUGAAAAGCAAUCUCCGGAUCCUUUUUGACAAUGCCAUUAAGAAACGUUUGAUGACAGACAGAAGAAUUGGCUGCCUUUUGUCAGGGGGUUUGGAUUCCAGUUUGGUUGCUGCCACUUUGUUGAAGCAGCUGAAGGAGUCCGAGGUACAAUACCCUCUUCAGACAUUUGCAAUUGGUAUGGAAGACAGUCCAGAUUUAUUAGCUGCUAGAAAGGUGGCAAAUCACAUUGGAAGUGAACACCAUGAAGUACUCUUUAAUUCUGAGGAAGGCAUUCAGGCUCUGGAUGAAGUUAUAUUUUCCUUGGAAACGUAUGAUAUCACAACAGUUCGUGCUUCUGUAGGUAUGUACUUAAUUUCUAAGUACAUUCGUAAGAACACAGAUAGUGUGGUGAUCUUCUCUGGAGAAGGUUCUGAUGAACUUACUCAGGGUUACAUAUAUUUCCACAAGGCUCCUUCUCCUGAUAAAGCUGAGGAGGAAAGUGAGAGACUCCUGAAGGAACUUUAUUUGUUUGAUGUUCUACGUGCUGAUCGAACUACUGCUGCCCAUGGUCUUGAGUUGAGAGUCCCCUUCUUGGAUCAUAGAUUUACUUCCUAUUUCUUGUCUCUGCCACCAGAAAUGAGAAUUCCCAAGAAUGGAAUAGAAAAACAUCUACUGAGAGAGACAUUUGAGGACUCCAACCUGCUACCAAAGGAGAUUCUAUGGCGACCAAAAGAAGCCUUCAGUGAUGGAAUUACCUCAGUUAAGAAUUCCUGGUAUAGGAUUUUACAGGAUUAUAUUGAACAUCAGGUUGAUGAUGCGAUGAUGGCAGCUGCAGCCCAGAAGUUUCCUUUCAAUACUCCAACAACUAAAGAGGGCUAUUACUACCGUCAAAUAUUUGAACGUCACUACCCAGGUCGAGCUGACUGGCUGACCCAUUAUUGGAUGCCCAGGUGGAUCAAUGCCACAGAUCCUUCUGCCCGCACUUUGACCCACUACAAGUCAACUGCCAAAGCUUAGGGUAAAAGAGUAAAGAUUGCUUCUUGUGAAGGGCUGAGAAAGGGGCCAAAGGACUUGUAGAAUUUGCUAGGUCAUGAAAA